AUGGCUAUGGCCUACCCCGAUGUCAGUUCGAAAUCCAGUUACAACUACAAUGGCAACAGCGGCUAUUAUGGACAACAGCAGAGUCUCAUCCCCUCCUCCAUCCUGAAACCCAGCCAGCAAUAUCUACCACAACAGCAGCAACAGCUUGGCUUCCAAACCCUGGGCUCCCAAAGCCAACGUUAUAUCGUACCCUCCAGCCAACAACAGUCGCAACAACAAUCCAUUGUUAUGCGUUUCCCCAUGCCUGCCGAUUUCCCUGCCAAUUUCAAUUUCCAACCUACCUUUGCCAGCAAGCCCACCCGCCGCUAUCGCCCCCGUCAACGUAUGGUCAAGAAACCAAUUGUAACCAAGAAUUUCUUCAUUCACUCUGCCCCCGAGGAAACUCAAGCCGAAAUCGAUGAAGAAUUGGCCCAAUUGCAACAACAACCCCGCAAACAUUACAACGUGUUGUUUGUAAAGACACCCAGUCAGACCAAUAAGGCUGCUGCCAUCAACUUGGCCAAGGCUCUUAAGGAAGAAAAGACUGUCGUAUAUGUUUUGGCUAAGAAGACCUCCGCCGCCGAUUUGCAAGAUGCCAUCCAAGAGGCACCUCAACACAUCAACAAACCUGAAGUGUUCUUCAUCAAGUACCGCACUCCCGAAGAAGCUGCCAAUGCCCAACGUCAAAUCCAAUCUCAAUACGACAGCUUGGGAGGUUCCACCACCAUCACUGAUGAAGGUGUUGCUCCCAGUACUUCUGUUAUUGGUUCUUUGGAUGCAUCCGCCGAGGAAGAAGAUGAAGAAGAGACCAAGCAACAACAAUUGCAACAGGAACAACAAGCCAGCGGUGAUUAUGGCGUGCAACAGCCCCAACAGGUUCAAUACGAUGAACAACAAUUGGUGAAUGCCAUCCAAACUGCUGCCGCCACAAAUGGCGGCUAUUUGCCACCCUCCAAUCAGUUCUAAGAAGAUCUUCGUUGUUAGAUACCCCCCUCUUAAUGUUAUUUAGUUAGUUAUGAAAG